AUGGGGACAGGAUCCUGCAAACUCUGCAUGGCAGGCAUGUACUGCAGUACAGCUGGUCUGGCCAUGCCUGAGGGACUGUGCCAGCCAGGAUAUUAUUGUGCCCAAGGGUCCAACAGCACCUCACCCGUUGGACUUCCUUUUGGUGAUCUUUGCCUAGCAGGCUUUUACUGCCCUGCUGGCGCAAAACACCCAAGUGAGAUGCCAUGCCCUGCUGGUACCUGGAACGAGAGAAGGGGAGCCCAGGAUGCCAGCUGGUGUCUACCCUGUCCCCCUGGGUUCUUCUGCAAUGUGGCAGGCCAGAUUUCCCCUACAGGGCUUUGUGCACCAGGCUAUUACUGCACAGGAGGGGCAUGGACCUCAAGGCCAGUGGAUGCUGUGACGGGGGAUCUCUGUCCUGAAGGACACUUCUGUCUUGCAGGCUCAGCAGCACCCUCCCCCUGCCCAGAUGGGGAAUACAGCAAUGCAACAGGUCAAGACAAAUGCUUCUCAUGUCCAGCUGGGUUUCACUGUCAGCACGGCAUAAUGCACCAUUGUCCACCUGGCUUUUACUGCCCCCGGAAGACUGGAAUCAGCUUUUACCCUUGUCCAGUUGGGACUUACAACCCAUAUCAUGGAAUCAGCCAGGCUGAGAGGUGCCAGCAAUGCCCUGCAGGGAUGUUUUGUGGAGAAUGGGGAUUAUCCUCUCCGAGUGGCCCCUGCUGGCCCGGAUUCUUCUGCACAGCAGGAGCCAGUGUCCCAAACCCUGAUGGAGCCACAAAUACAAGCACUGGAGGCCCAUGCCCACCUGGGCAUUUUUGCCCAGCUGGUACCAGCAUCCCAUUUCCAUGCCCUGUGGGCACAUUCUCGGACAGACUCUACCUCUGGCUGGAGUCAAGCUGCACUGUGUGCCCGCCUGGCUAUUACUGCAGCUCAGCUGGUCUCACAGCUCCCUCAGGAUCCUGCUCAGCUGGCUACUACUGCCUAUCUGGAGCCUCCUCCUCAUCCCCAGCAGCUAUUGUCUAUUAUCUGCAGCCUACUCAGCUGCCGGAUCCCUCCCACUAG